CGACGACGCAGUAAGUUCGGUGUGGACAUGUAUGAAUCUUCAUUUUUCUUCUUCUUGGGUCUUUCGUACGGCUUCGUUCAAAUAGGGGUGCAGCAGUUCAAGGUUAUGUUUGACACCGGAGGAUUUAGUCGGUGGAUUCCUUCUAGCAGGUCUGCCGCUGACCACUUCCCAAAUCGAGUAAAGUACGAUGAGAACUCACCUACCCGGACCUCAUUAGAGAAACAAUAUGUGGUAAGCUACAGCGGUGAGCAAUACGAGGGAAACGUCGUAAUGGAUAAUAUUUUAAUUGCAGGGCAAUCCGUUGAACAGUUUACAUUCGUCGAAAUGAUCUGCUCUUCUAUUACCGUGGAUGCAAGCGUGGGACACGACGGAAUAUUUGGGAUGAGUAAACCCUCCAAAGGUCGCAGGCGAUGGGAAAUAUUUGAAGUUAAUUUGCUUGAUCAUUUCCUUGCUGUGGGCACGGUGCAAGAAGCUGUAUUUACAUUUCGGUUUUGCGGGUAG